CAUGAAAACCGUAUUGUCACCUCUUUUCAUCUUCUGAAACUUUAUGAACUUUAUGUAUGGCAUUAUAGCCUGGCUCACCCCAUGGGAUUUGCUUCUGUUUAUUACAGAAGUGAAUAAAACUUUGCAGCAGCACGUACCUAAGCCACCAGGGGACAAAACACGUUUGGACCAAUGCUCCCUGAAGUUAUAUCACCAGUUCUGUCCCAUCUCUAUUUGUAAUGCCACAGCGCGCUUCAUCUCAUCUUUCGUUGUGGGUUUCCACUUUGAAUAACGAGAAUGCGAUGCAAACGCAGCCCGCGAUUCAAAAAAAAUCUCUGCCUACCUGUUUGUCUCGUCUGACAGUAGCUGAAAAGCAGCAUCAGGAGAGAGCAGCCUGAAGUACAGCAGCUGGUGAUCUGUCGUGUCCAAAAGCAAGCCAUGCCGUCUUGUAAACUCCGGUAGCCAUAUCGGCUCUCAACGGAUCAAUGUCUGUGUAUUUAUCCCAUGCGAACCUUGCCGUAGAUGCAUCGGCUGCGCGAAGGCACUCAACUGGCAGCAGAUCCACUGGCGCGGCAUCGGCUGGUGUCUGAUCAGCUGAUGCCUGCUUCUAACUCUCUUACUCGAUCUCCUGAUCACUGCCAAUAAAGUCCGAUUCUGAAAAAUCAAGAGUCCGACUCCGCGGUAAUGCGCAAAACAACGUCUGCCAAGUGUUUUCUUUUCUGCACUUGCUUCGCUGCCUUUUCACAUGUCGGUGCCAUCUUGCCUUUGUUUACAUUUCGCAACUCACGCACACGCAAUGUUUAUUUGCCGAGUCAACGAGUCUAGCAUUCCUCCAAGCACAGAGGGAAUGCCUGUGACGUGACAGUGAGAUUUGUCGCCAUUAACAGCUGAUUGUCGCCCUUUAUCCCUGGAUGUCGACUUUUGUCGACAUUCGACUUCAACCCCUCCUGUCGACAAAAGUCGACAUCCGCCCUAAAAGAGUUAACUCUUUUAGGGCGGAUGUCGACUUUUGUCGACAGGAGGGGUUGAAGUCGAAUGUCGACAAAAGUCGACAUUACAAGUCGACAUUACUUUUCUGACAGUUAACUGACAAUCAAUGAGUGUCCUGAUGUUCCAUGCCAUGUAUAGACAAUGAAGUGUGUAUGUUUGUAUCACAGAAAGGAUUAAAGGAUCUAAAAUGACAUGCUUAGUUAUUGCUACAACCAUGCUGUAAUUCCAGAAUGUAUCUUCCAUAAUGUGACCUACUGUCUGGUAUCGGUUGCCUGAGCUUUCUCUGGUGAAUACAAUCACUAUUUCACAGCUUCAAAACCAGCCAUAAGAUCCAGGCUGCACCAUGCAUCAUUCUUUCAGAUGAGUACAAGAAGACCUUCAUGCCUUUUAUAUUGCAUUUUAUUGCACUCAUUUUAUUUUGAAUUGGUUGAAAACACCCCUUCUAAUUCAGCUGUACAGUUCACACAGUUAAACACUGUUUACAUUUUGUUGACAAAAUAAUCACUAAAAGUGUCGAUCAACCAUUAUUUUUAUAGUGCCUUUUAUGGAUUUGUAUAACAAUUUCUUUGAAAAUACAUUAGAUCAUUAUUGUCAGAAGUAUGGAAUACUUGCAUACUGUAUGUUUACUACGAAAUGACCUGCAUAUGAACUCAUUUAUUUGGAACCACUGAUCUGCAUGUAUAUACAAUUUGAUCAUAUUUCCAUAGGAGAACCCACAGCCAGAAAUUAAUUAAAGAUCAACAAUACAUAAAGUACUGUAUGUUAAAAGAGUAAUGGGAUAUAAAGAGCUUCACCAACCAAGGAGCUGGCAAUAUAAUUAUGUGAGAUGAACCGUGCACCUGUCUUUGAUGUUCAUUUUCUUUUUCUUCUUGAGUUACAGUAUAUGUUUAUGAGAUGCUGUUGGGAGGAGGUUUAUGUGUUUACCAUGGAGAGACCAGAUAUGGUAUUAGCACUUCUGGGCAGUGAUUGCACCUGCUUUUGUGUUCCUCCAAGAAUAUCCAUAUGAGCACAGCAAUGUCUAUGUCCAUGUAAAAAAUCAAAAAUGAUUAUCAUAAAGCAACACUGACUUAAAUAUCACUUAAGGAUAUGUUUCAUGUGACUCCAUGGAAAACAAAAAAAAAGGUGGACAAUGAAGUGCUUCAGUGUUAGAAGUUUUGAAACUUUUUGAAAUACGUUUAAUCCAUCACUAUUUCAAGAUGAUAUUAGAUGUAUAAAAUGCAACAAAGCAGAUAAUUCCAUGAUUGACCUACAAAAAAAAAAUAACAAGAAGUUUACCGUAUAUAAAUAAGGGAUUCAAUAACAUUUCUACAAAAAAAAUCUGAAAUAUAAAAAGUGGAAAAUAUAAAAUGUGGAAAGUAAUUCUUUUGAAAGUUGGAACACCCCUCUCAUGUAGUAGAAUACAGUAAUCCCUCCUCGAUCGCGGGGGUUGCGUUCCAGAACCCCCUGCGAAAGGUGAAAAACCGCGAAGUAGAAACCAUAUGUUUAUAUGGUUAUUUUAAUAUUGUCAUGCUUGGGUCACAGAUUUGCACUGAAACACAGGAGGUUGUAGAGAGACAGGAACUUUAUUCAAACACUGCAAACAAACAUUUGUCUCUUUUUCAAAAGUUUAAACUGUGCUCCAUAACAAGACAGAGAUGACAGUUCCGUCUCACAAUUAAAAGAAUGCAAACAUAUCUUCCUCUUCAAAGGAGUGCCCGUCAGGGGCAGAAAAUGUCAGAGAGAGAGAGAGAUAAAAGCAAACAAUCAGAAAUCAAUAGGGCUGUUUGGGCUUUUAAGUAUGGACCGCCGGACAAUGCAGCUGCUAGGAAGGGAGCAAUGUAAAGGUAGUCUUUCAGCAUUUUUUUAGAGGAGUGUCCGUAUCGUCUAGUGGUGCGAACAGCCCCCCUGCUUACACCCCCUCCGUCAGGAGCAGAGAAUGUCAGAGAGAGUGAGAGAGACAGAGAAAAACAAACAAUUAAAAAUCAAUACGUGCUGUUUGGUCUUUUAAGUAUGCGAAUCACCAUGCAGGAAGCAUAUCGCUUGACAAAGCAGCCACAUUUAAGCCCAGCAAGGAAGAGAGCAAUGUGAAGGUAAUCUUUCAGUGUUUUUUGAGGAGCGGCCAUAUCUUGUAGGGGUGCAAACAGCCCCCAUGCUCACAAUAUAUUUGAGGAGUUUUAUUUAAUAGGUAAUAUGCGCUCUGGUUGGGUAGCUUCUCAGCCAUCUGCCAAUAGCGUCCCUUGUAUGAAAUCAACUGGGCAAACCAACUGAGGAAGCAUGUACCAAAAAUUAAAAGACCCAUUGUCCGCAGAAAUCCACGAACCAGCAAAAAAUCCGCAAUAUAUAUUUAAACAUGCUUACAUAUAAAAUCCACGAUAGAGUGAAGCCGCGAAAGUCGAAGCACAAUAUAGCGAGAGAUUACUGUAGUCUAUCCAUAAAUAGUACUCAAUUGAUUUGUGACAUUCAAGAAAGCCUACAGGUGGGGCUUGAGUUCAUUGAGGCAGGCAUUGCUGUGCUAUAGCAAUCUGGCCAUCUUUGAGGGAAGAAAGAAAAACAUUACAAUGUGGUAUUAGGGUAUGCAUUAUGGCAUUUUAAUGGCAAAACUAUGCACUGUAAUAAUAGCAAUGACGAAAUGAAUUAUGCACUUUUUUAAAAAUUUUGUAUUAUUGUUCUGUCUCACCGGUGGGUCCAAAACAAUGGUGCUGAGUUUAAAGUUUAAGCAACCCUGCAGUAAACAACCAGAGAAAGAUGUUCUUGCACAGGAGAUGAUAUCAACCAAUUGCUAUAGAUAUUUUAAAAAGCCUUCUGUGCUGAAUCAAGAAAAAUAUUUAGAAUCUUGUAAAUAAUAUUUAGCUACAGGUAUUUUAACUUGUCCUUGAGUUGGGGUAGCCCUUGAAGUUCAUCAGUGACACACUUUAAUAAUGUUAUAUUUUCAUUUCUGCACUUCCGUAUUUAGACAUGCUUUCCAAGGUAUAAACACAAGCUAUUGUUCCUAUAUAUAUAAAAGUGAUAUCAUGCUGGCAGACAGUUGGGCAUUUUGCUCUUGGGCAUGUGAGUGUUCACUACAAGGUUAAACUAAAGCCAGUGAGCCAGUAAUGAAUAACAGAGACAAAGAGAGAGGCCUGUUAUUGGGGUUUUUAAUUUUCAAGAGUGGCAUCACCAAAGUAGACAGGUGCUACACUGGUUAGCAUGGCACUCUCAGAGCUCCAGAGUACCUGGUUUGAACAUCAGCUUGGGCAAUAACUGUUUAAUUUAUUUACACCAUAUUCCCCCUGCCCAUAUAAGUUUGUUUCUAGGUACUUUGUAGUAUUCCUCAAACAUGUAUCUUUCCAUGUUACCAAGUAUGUUUUCAGGAACUACAAAGUGUUUUAUGUCAUUUAGCAUCACCCAUGUCGAAUUAGCUCAGCUAUUGUCCUAGUGAUGAAGAUUCAGGUAAUAUUCCCACACUACUUCACCCUCUUUCUUAAUUUAGUAUGACAGGAAUGUAUAAAACAUUCACUUUUCCCUAAUUUUUGUAUGUUUUAAUAGAACACCAUAUUUGUAAGGCCUACUCACUGUCCACAUGGAAUUCCUGUGUGGUUUCCGCCCACAUUAAAAAGAUAUGUGUGUUACAUUAAUUAGCCCUUUAAACUGCCUCAUGUAAAUGAGUGAAUUUGUGAAGAAGAGAGAUGGACUAGCCCAUCAUCCAGUGAAGAACCUGACCUUACGCUUAGAAUUGUCAAGACAGGCUCCAGCGAGCCAGAACUAAAUUAAGCAGCUUCAAAAAGGGUUGGAAAAGACAAUGGUUUCACCAGAAAAGUUGAUUGUCCUGAUCUCAUGAGUCAUCUCUCAAAAUGAUGAAACUAGGAAUUAAAAAUGAAAAACAUACUUUAGAGCAAAUUUUCUCAACUGGGGUUUGAGACAUCGCAUUGGGUUCUGUGGGAAAUGGUAACAAAUAGCAGUGGCAAAUAAAUAAAGUUGAACAGUGGAAGAAAAUAAUAAACCUUCUCUAAAAGGAAUAAAUUCGAGUUCAUGUUAGUUGUAUUAACAGCCACUAGGAUGCGUGGCAGCGCUGUCCAUGCUUCACUCAUCAUACCACAACUAGCGCUAGUGUCGCUUAGGGCUCGUUUAUGCUUCACGCCUAAAACGCAUACGUGCAUGCAUCAUGGCUGCCACACGUUCCCAGCAUUCAUUUGAUACGUCCUCUGAGCAGGUCCUCAUGCGAUGCAUGCGCGAGUUGCAGUCCCAAUGGAUAUUCGGGGGGCGCAGUGUGAUAAAAGUUGGAAAGUGAUGUCAGAUUCUCUGUUUACUAUCUACAUGUGACAGAAAGCCGCUUUGAGGAUGCCAUAGGAUCGAUGUGCCUGCUUCGGUGUUUCAUGAAUGGUUCGAUGUGGUGAAGCAAAAUUCCAACAUACAAAUGCAAUUGUGGUGCUUUUAUAUUCAAGAGUUGCAUAUUCCCAUCGUAAUGACACAAAACAUUUUAAAAGUCUCACAUACCAUCUUAUGUGCUGCCUUUUUUUUGCACCUUCACAACAGCAACAUAAUGUACAGAGCUGUAUCUGAGCCACAGAGAAAAAAAUUAAGGACACAGUGAAAAGGUGUAUUUUGUGAUUAAAGUGGAAAUUUUGGCUUUAAUCUCGAAAUGUCCACUUUAAUCUCAUAGUGAACUUUAUCAUUAAAGUAGACCAUCAUAAACCCAGUUGUUAAUCGCUACAUGCUCCUGGAUCUUCCUCCUGACCUGACAGAAGCGGCAAGCAGCAAUAGAUCUCCACACAGAGCAUAUUAAAUGUAUGAUAUUCCAACUCUGUGCACAUCUAGAAUCCUUACAUUUAUACUUGAUAUCACUUUCAUGAUGAAAUGCAUUAAAGUGUGUAUAUUACAUUUUACAGAUAAAUCAUUAACUUCAUUUAAAUAAUGAAUAUUGUUAAUAAUUGCACACAUGGGGGUGACACGGUGGUGGAGUGGUAGUGCUGCUGUCUCGCUUGCCUGGAGUUUACUUUUUUCCUGGUGGGUUUCCAUAGUGUAUUCCAGUUUCCUUCCAAAGAUAUGCAGAUUUGAGGAUUUGGUGACGCUAAAAUGACACUAGUGUAUGUGUAUGCUUGUAUUCACCUUGCAAUGUGCUGAUGCCCCGUCCAGGGAUUGUUUCUGCCUCGUGUGCAAUGCUAGCUGGAAUGGGCGCCUCCCUGGAUUGAUUGAUUUAAUCAUUAAAAAUCCUUUUCAGAGAUAUUGCAGCAAGGUGUCCUCGGACUUUAAUGGAUGUUUCAAGCAAUUCACAACACAGCGGAGUUGAACGUUUUCUCACCGUGAUGAUAUCUCGCACUGCCACCUGGUGGAAUCUUCCAGAUUUAUGUAAGGUAUGCGCGCAAGUAUAAACAGUAAAAGGCUUGCGUAGCAGUAGCGUCCGCUGGUGCAUGUUUCAUGUGAAGUAUAAACCUGGCCUUAUGAGUUAACUGCUGCUAGUUAGUGCAAGCAAGAAAUGUGAGAAGUUCAGUCAGUCUCUUAUCAAUCCUACAUGUUUUCUAGUCAGCAGGUAUGUAUUCACCCAUUAAUAUGAAAAGUUUGUAUGUUUUCCCUCUCUCCCCGUUUUCCAAUGUAUUUCUUUUGUUUGCUUUUAUUUAGGCCGUGUUUUUAAAUUACUCGAACAACAGUUUGAGUAUUCAAACUUAAAAAUUGGCAUUUUUUAAAUACACUUUGAGCUAAUAAGCAUGCAUUUUAAAAGUGCUCGAGCAGGCGUUUGAACACGAUUUUCAUGCACCAAAUCGCGAGGUGGUGCUGCUUGAGCACAUACAAAACUUAAAAUUAUUAUAUUAUCUGACCACUGUGUAACAGAUGAAGCGUGGAGCCACCUCUCGAACCCUCAGGUACCACUCUUCAGACCAGGUGAAAAUAUAACAACUAUUUAUUUUGUUAUUAUAAUGUGCACAAAGCACCCUCCACUCCACACUCAUAUAAACAAUAAACUCUUCUCAAAAACCAAUACCUCCUCGCCCAGACACUUAGCCCACCUUCCUCCCAGCUCAGCUCAGUGUCUGGGCUUACCCAGAGUCCUUUUAUAGCUCCUGACCCGGAAGUGGUUCUAAGCACAACCCACAAGUCCAUUUCCUUCCGGGUCAGGGCAAACAGUCCUCUUCUUUAUCCCGGGAGCACGUCACUUCCUCCAGUCACGUGACUGAUAUGUUAUAGGGCAUGCCAGAGCCCACUAGCCCCCCUACAGCGACUCCUGGCGGCCCCCAAGGUAUCCAGCAGGGAUGUGUCACAACACUACAAAGUCCAUGAGGCCCUGCUGGAACUCGGGGCACAAAUAUGCUGUCCGGAGGGCUCCUCCUAGCGGCCUGGGGGUGGCGACCGGAGUCCAUAGCCGGUCGUCUGUCACAACUGUUUUUCACUGUUUUUUCGGUAUUGUUCUAGCUAUUCUAUAGUAAUCAGUAGGAAUUGUUAUCUCUCUAUUAUAAUAAAAAAAAUCCUGGGAUGAGACAAGACUUUUUAGCCUGGGACGAGACAUGACUUUUUCAGAGAGAUACUUUCAAGUACCGGCAAGACGAGACUUUGUGCCAAGAGAUUUAACUACGCCCAGGGCCGGAAAUAAAAGACAAAGAGUAGAUGAUAAAGUAGUCAUAAAGAAUUCAAAAACGUUAGCAUGAUACACAUACAGAGCAGGCUAAAGAAAAUGAAAGUACUAAAAUUUGAAAGUCUGAAAAAAAUGUUAGUACAAAUUGCAUUAGCACAAAUAAAUGGAAAUUAUUACUUGGUGAAAUAAUGGAACUUCGAAAAGAGAUCAAAUAUAUUGUUCGGAUUUAAACUUUAAGUCAUAGACUUGUAGAUCGUCUAAUUUGUGUUGCCAUCAAGUAAAAGUAGUGUUUCUUCCCAAUGAAGAGGCGUAUCCACGAGAAUUAAAAGAUUUGUUGUUUGGUGUAAUUGAAAUCCACAUACGUGAGCGGCAGAGACGCGAAGUGGCUGGCGCGUAGCGUUGGCCAGGGGGGUUGACGAGCAAAGCGAACAGGGAGCGAAGCCCCCUAGUGUUGAUGUAAAAAAAUGAUUAAACUAUUAACAAUAAUUCCACUGGUCUACAAAAAAAUAUUUUUUGUUUGCUUCUGGGAACUUUAGAGCAUCUCUUUAUUAAGUUUUUCACACUGAUUUCAUAUAUGAAAUCGGGAUUAAGCUAGCACAUCAAGUUUUUCAAAUACACAUCAUUGAUGUUUUGACACUUUUGAAUAUCAAUAUAAUAUAUCAACAUGCUGCGGUGGGUUGGCACCCUGCCCAGGAUUGGUUCCUGCCUUGUGCCCUGUGUUGGCUGGGAUUGGCUCCAGCAGACCCCCGUGACCCUGUGUUCGGAUUCAGCGGGUUGGAAAAUGGAUGGAUGGAUGGAUAUAUCAACAUGAUAUCUGGAGUUUGGACUAUGUCCCUCCAAAAUUGUUUUGAUGUGUUUAUUCUGAAAACAAACCUGAAGACGAUACAAGAGACACGUUAAAGCAUAUUUAUGUAAAUUUACCCCAAUAUAAAAGUGAGGUGAGCAUGCCCAAAAAUGUUGGGGGCACUCACUUUUGCGCUUGUACUGCACAUCCGUCUCUCUUUGCAAGAACCAACAGUAGUCACCCAUCAUGCUCUGAGUGAAUUUUUCCCAAUAUCAGUUUUCCAUCACCUUUAUAGCUUGAUGAAAUCUUUUCCCAUGCUCAUCUCUGACAUCACUUAGGUUUGGUGGAAAAAAGUCAAGAUGAUAAUGUAAAAAAUGCAUUUUCAGUGACAUUCUGGCUCCUGUAAGCUAAUAUACUUUCAGCAUAUUCUCCACAAGCUCAGUAUAAUUCUCUACACUGUGACUGUCAAGAAAAUUCUGGACAACCUGCACGAAUGAGGGUGCUGACUCAGUUGGCUUCAGUUUGCUUUUGAACUCAUUGUCAAGCAUCAGUUCACGCAUUUCAGUGUCAACAAAAACACCUUCCUUAAUUUUCGCUUCACUUUUCUCAAGACCAAACUUGCUGAAAUGCAUCACCUUUACUGUCCAGUCACCCUAGUUGUCCAAGACCUGGAACAUCAUAACUAAAAAAUGGGUCGUGCUGGACAAAAGCGGUUUUCAGAUUUGGAGUCAGCAAAUGAAAUUUGUUAAUGUAGAGAAGAAAGAAUCCCAGUAGUAAAAUGCUUGUUGACCAGUAUCACAAAGUUACUUCUUCUUCUUCUUCUUCUUCUUCUUCUUCUUCUUCUUCUUCUUUCAGCUGCUCCCGUUAGGGGUUACCACUGCGGAUCAUCCUCUUCCAUAUCUUUCUGUCCUCUGCAUCUUGUUCUGUUACAACCAUCACCUGCAUGUCCUCUCUCACCACAUCCAUAAACCUUCGCUUAGGCCUUCCUCUUUUCCUCUUCCCUGGCAGCUCUAUCCUUAGCAUCCUUCUCCCAAUAUAUCCAGCAUCUCUCCUCUGCACUUAUUCAAACCAAUGCAAUAUCGCCUCUCUGACUUUGUCUCCCAACCGUCCAACUUGAGCUGACCCUCUAAUGUACUCAUUUCUAAUCCUAUCCAUCCUCGUCACACCCAGUGCAAAUCUUACCAUCUUUAACUCUGCUACCUCCAGCUCUGUCUCCUGCUUUCUGGUCAGUGCCACCGUCUCCAUCCCAUAUAACAUAGCUGGUCUCAUUACCGUCCUAUAGACCUUCCCUUUCACUCUUGCUGAUACCCGUCUGUCACAAAUCACUCUUGAUACUCUUCUCCACCCAUUCCACCCUCCCUGCACUCUCUUUUUCACCUCUCUUCCACAAUCCCCAUUACUCUGUACUGUUGAUCCCAAGUAUUUAAACUCAUCCACCUUCACCAACUCUACUCCCUGCAUCCUCACCAUUCCACUGACCUCCCUCUCAUUUAUACACAUGUAUUCUGUCUUGUUCCUACUGACCUUCAUUCCUCUCCUCUCUAGAGCAUAUCUCCACCUCUCUAGGGUCUCCUCAACCUGCUCCCUACUAUCGCUACAGAUCACAAUGUCAUCAGCAAACAUCAUAGUCCAUGAGGACCCCUAUCUAAUCUCGUCUGUCAACCUGUCCAUCACCAUUGCAAAUAAGAAAGGGCUCAGAGCCAAUCCCUGAUGUAAUCCCACUUCCAACUUGAAUGCAUCCGUCACUCCUACCACAGACCUCGCCACAGUCACACUUCCCUCGUACAUAUCCUGUACAACUCUUACGUACUUCUCUGCCACUCCCGACUUCCUCAUACAAUAUCACAGCUCCUCUCGAGGCACCCUGUCAUAUGCUUUCUCCAGGUCCACAAAGACGCAAUGCAUCUCCUUCUGGCCUUCUCUAAACUUCUCCAUCAACAUCCUCAGAGCAAACAUUGCAUCUGUGGUGCUCUUUCAUGGCAUGAAACUAUACUGCAGCUCUAAUCAUCACCUCACUUCUUAACAUAGCUUCCACUACUCUUUCCGAUAACUUCAUGCUGUGGCUCAUCAAUUUUAUUCCCCUGUAGUUACUGCAGUCCUGCACAUCCCCCUUAUUCUUAAAUAUCGGCACCAGUACGCUUCUUCUCCAAUCCUCAGACAUCCUCUCACUUUCCACGAUUCCAUUAAACAAUCUGGUUAAAAACUCCACUGCCAUCUCUCCUAAACACCUCUAUGCUUCCAUAAGUAUGUCAUCUGGACCAACGGCCUUUCCAUUUUUCAUCCUCUUCAUAGCUGUCCUUACUUCCUCCUUGCUAAUCCGUUGCACUUCCUGAUUCACUAUCUCCACAUCAUCCAACCUCUUCUCUCUCUCGUUUUCUUCAUUCAUCAGCCUCUCAAAAUACUCUUUCCAUCUGUUCAACACACUCUCCUCGCUCAUGAGUACGUUUCCAUCUUUAUCCUUUAUCACCCUAACCUGCUGCACAUCUUUCCCACCUCAGUCCCUCUGUCUAGCCAAUCGGUACAGGUCCUUUUCUCCCUCCUUAGUGUCCAACCUCUCAUACAACUCAUCAUACACCUUUUCUUUAGCCUUCGCCACCUCUCUCUUCACCUUGCGCCUUAUCUCCUUGUACUCUUGUCUACUUUCUACAUCUCUAUGACUGUCCCACUUCUUCUUUGCCAUUCUCUUCCUCUGUAUACUCUCCUGUAUUUCCUCAUUCCACCACCAGGUUUCCUUUUCCUCCUUCCUCUUUCCAGAUGUCACGCCAAGCACCCUUCUUGCUGUCACCCUUACUACAUCUGCUGUAGUUUCCCAGCUGUCUGGCAACUCUUCACUACCACCCAGUGCCUGUCUCACCUCCUCCCUAAACUCAACCUUGCAGUCUUCCUUUUUCAACUUCCACCAUUUGAUCCUUGGCUCUGCCCUCCCUCUCUUUCUCUUCUUGAUCUUGUAGAAGAAGAAUGUUCUCCUCAGCACCAUGUAUUUUGUGUGUUUAGUAAAUUAGAAUUUUUAUAAUAACUAUUUUUCCAACUUGCCAGUGAGAGACGCUUUGGCUUAUGAACUAACAAAAAUAUGUUAUUCCAGGGUUCAGAAGAAAUAGUGUCCACAUGAAUAAAAUGUAAGCUGUUUCUUGUUUUCCCUUUCUCAGAGUGAAUGUUUCAGGGACAAGGUCACAAGGCUGCAGAAAAUACAUGUAGUUUAUGCAAAGGCGUCUCUCCUGUGCUCAGCUUCCAAAACACAGAUAAUGCUUAGCUCAACAGACAUAUUGCUUAACUUUACUGUUUUGAUAAGGAUGUUCUUUCUGUCUUAUUAAUCAUGAGAUGCUGAAGUAUAAAAAACCCCUCCUGGCUUUUGAUCAGGGUUCAAUUGAGCUUUGCGGCAAUAAGUUAUACUCUUUUGAAUCUCUACUUACUGCGACUCCGAAUGAAUAAAUAAAGUGAAUUGAGAAACUAUUAUCUGUCUGCUUUUCAGUGUGCCUUUUUUGUCCACAGUUUUUGGCGCCCAACGUGGGGCAGGAGACGGGCAGACGACUCCCUGGGCGGGUUCGUCCAAGUGGACUGAUUUCCGCGGAUCGAGGACCAGCUCCGGUAAAAGUUAGGACUGGCCUACCUUGGGCGUUUUCCUGCGUGGGGAGUCGCUGACCUCCUCCUGACCGAAACGAAAAGCAACUGGAUGGGAUUUUUCCAGGCAGGCAGAAGGAGUUGCGGUGAGUAGAUUCGGGGGAUUCCCGUUGGUUUGACUGGUGUGCUGGAAGAAAUAGAAGUAUACGGGGAAAAGAGAAAAAAAAAAUAAUAAUAAAAGAGAAUAAAAAAUAAAAGCAUGCUGAAAGAAUAGAGAAUCAUACCGUAUCGACCUAGAAGGGUUUUAGUGAUUCAUAGAGAGUGACGGCACAGUGUGAAUGCUAGUAAGUCACCCCUUAGGAAUUCGAGUAGAAAGGACUGAGUGGCACGUUCCUAUAUUAAGAGGAAUAGGGGUGAAAGGGGCAGUUAGAGUACGUGUGAAAUUUGGAAGAGGGGAAGUUGAUUUCCACUUGUCGACUGGUUGAUUUCCGGGGACGACAAGUGGGACGAGAAAUAAUCGGGGAUUGAGUUGCUCUCUGUUGAAGGCCUGCCGCUGACUAUGGGAAAUAAAUAGCAAGCCAGUCAAACAGGUCCACCAGGGUCCUCAAAACCUAAUGUUAGAAGGAUUAUUUUCAGAGAAUCACCAGGCUCCUAGUACACCGUUGGGAUUGAAAGGCGGGUCCCCUAAACAGUUAAUAGAGAAGCAGACUGGGUUGGAUUUUAAAAGGCAUGUAAGAAGUGGAAUAAGCAGAGGCGUAACAACCUGCUGGCUGCUGAAGUCAGAACACAAAAAAGACAAGGAAGAAUUAUUGCUAGCGUUGCAGAAAGUGAAGAUAGAGACAGCGCCCAAGCCUGAAAGUAAAAGAAAGCAGACCGAAAAGAAAGACCCCCUAUACCCCGUAAUCUGUCCACCCCCUCCUUACCAAAACUACCCCGCUUCCACCUCUUGCACCCUCUUCUCCAACAACACCCCUGUUAACAGACGAACCGUCUGGAGCAGGUUUUUACGAUGAACAAUAUCAUUAUGACCCAUCCUCACAUAUUGACCCUGAGGAAGAUAAUUCAGAUCAUUCACAAGGUGCUACUGGAUUGUAAUGGCAGAAAUUAAAAGAGUCUCCCAGCGCACGAGCAGUCCGUGGACUGCAAUUUGUGGAGCUGUUACAGCAGCUGGAUAACAUGUAUAAAACAAAUGCUGCAGAGUGGACACAGGUGCUCCGUCGACAGCUGAGCACCACAUGGGCAACUGUAAAUCACGGUGAUCAUAACGGUGUCCCUUGGUGUUGGAAUGAAGGUCCUUUCCUCGCCCAGUGAGAGCCUUUGAAAGGAGCCCUGGCAGAAAAAAUAGAAAAAGGGCACAAACUGGUCACUACUUUCAGCCGGCUCACAGAUUGCAAGAUCUGAUGGCUAAUCACUCUGGGCUAGACAAUACAAACGAUAGAACUCAUGCUGCAGUGCCUCCUUUCAUCUCGGGACUGAGAAGUGCCAUUCAAAGCAAAGUCUGCACGUCCUGCAAAAGGCUGGAAGACCGCAACGUUCGAGGAAGACAAGCGUCAUGCAGAGCAUGCUGACAGUCAGACUAAAUUAAAAGAGUCAGACACACAGACCAAACUUUUGGCUGCACAAAUAAAUUACUAUACUGGAAGAACUGACCUGGCUAGGGGGAGAGGACACGGAAAAUUCUUUGGAGGUCGAGGGCGAGGGCACAGAAGAGGACGCGGGUUCCAUUUAUCAAACCCUAAUAAUCCUUUAGCUUAGAUGCCUAACCCUUCGGAGCAGACGCCAGCGUCAUAUGCCUGCCGCUGCUGCGGUGAACUUGGACAUUUUAGACGCAACUGCCAACACAAGCGCCUCCGUCACCCCCUCUCCCUGAGCCUAAUGACAUUCCUUGGUCCUAAGAAUUAUCAGGGACCCCAGCCACUUUUUCCAGUUUCCUUUGCUUACUCGUCAUGCUGAAACUGAUCUUUUAUUGACUUUAAUGGCAAAGAAACUGCCUUUGAAAUGGACACAGGAGCCAUGCGCUGAAGGAGGUUCCUGUGCAAUUACAGCUCAGCAUUAACAGUUUCAUUAUUGACUCGUUGCUUUCUGUUAAAUCAUUUGUGCCCUGUGAAACUGCUGGGAUGGGAUCUUAUGACUUAAUUGUCAGUCUCAAUUUUCUUUAACUGAACAAGGAUCUUUGCUGCUCCAUUCCUAAGCUCCUGUGCCACAUUUCACACCCCAAGCCCUCUUUUGCAGCCUGGACCCUGAACAUCUCCCCGCCCACCUUCCUCUUGAAAGCCCUUCAUUCUUUCCCCUCAUGCCUAUUUCCUCACUUACAAGUCCUGGGCACCCUGCCUUGUACUGCCCAGUAUUUCCCUACUGAAGUGGACACACCUUGGUUAGAAUCUUUUCUUUCCUCCAGCACAUGCCCUGAAACUUUGCACAUUCCAUGUAUUUUUGUUGUCUACUAAAGCAGUUGCUUCAGUGCACCUCACAUAUUCACAAAACGUUUUCUUUUUAGGAGAUUUGGUUCCCCAUGUUUCCUUAGCACUGUGGUCCCAAGGGAAAAAUUGAUUAAGGAAGGAUAGCACACUGAGCCACUGGUGAUUUUCUCAAAAUCUUCCUUCCGCCCGUACUGUGUCCAGGAUCCUCUGUCUCCAGAGGCAGAGGCUGGCAUCGCCGCCGUACAUUCUGAUCUCGUGAGGCGAGGAGCGAUUAUUCCAAUUACAUACUCUCCAGUCAACUCCCCCAUUUUACCUGUAAAAAGGCUGACGGGUCCUGGCGUUUUGUUCCAGACCUAUGACAAGUUAACUCUGCGGUUUUUUCCUAGAACACCUAUUGUUCCUAAUCCUUCCACUAUUCUUUCCACGAUACCCCCGUCCUCCCGGUACUUCUCUGUUAUUGACCUUGCUAACGCUUUCUUUUCCAUUCCCGUGCACCCUGAUUCUCAAUUCUGGUUUGCUUUUACCUUUCAAAACCGCCGAUGGACCUGGACCGUCAUGCCUCAGGGAUAUACUGAAACCCCUUGUGUUUAUGGUUUUGGCCGGAAAAAGAUAAUAAAUUAAUACAGUAUGUAGAUAAGAAAAAAGAAAAGAAAAAUAAAUAAACAACAAGUGCACAUGACACUCAGAAAAUUGCUAUUCUUUUUAGGUGAAAAUGGCCAUAAAAAAAGUGUCAAAAAAAAACAAAAAAAAAACUGCAGUUACUUCAAGCUAUCGUUAAAUAUUUAGGUCAUGACAUUUCUUGCGAUACAAGAGCUCUCUCUAGCGGCCGUUUAACCAUCAUUCAAAACCUUCCAAGACCGGUCACAAAACAACAGGUUAAGUCAGCAUAUUUCUCUGUGGCUGCAUAGCUUUUGGUGGGAAUGUUUUCUUGUUGUGGAGUUGUGCUGUGUGUUUCCCGAAAUGGAUUAUCUUUGUUUGCAGUUGGCACUUGGGUCGCCACGGAAAUUAGUGUUUCCUUGUUGUCGCUGACCCGGUUCCGCCUCGGACUUUUCCAUGAUCUGGAGGCUAGCAUGUAUGGCACCACGGUGAGAUGAAUUCCUAAUUUAAAAGUAGUACCAGCUUGCGGCCUGAGAAGUUGUUUGCUUGUAAGUUUUUCAGGAGGAGCACAGCCUUUACAAAAUCUAGCUAACACUGCGAUCUGGCUGCAUGCAGUGAUAUAGCAGGCUGACAAGGCUCUAUGUGAUUAAAAAAAAAAAAAUGCAUUACUCUCACUGACUAUAUUCUCGUCCAUUCACUGGGUUCGUGGAUGAAAAAGGGGGGAUUAAUGAAUGCAGUUUUAACGCAACCGCAUACAGACAAACAAAGUGCUCAUGAGCCCCCUAACAGUAAAGGUACGUCACGCCGUUCAUUCUAUUUUAGUACAGGCUAAAACCUCACAUCUCACAACUGCAAGAGCAAUACACUAUCAAAAUGUACUCUAUACUUUGUCCAAUGUCACUGUUGAAAGAUGCUCUACCUUCAAUCCAGCCACUCUUCUUCCAACUGAAGAAGACGUAAAGCCACAUGACUGUCAUGAUGAAAUAGCUAAAGUUGUAAAGCCUAGACCAGACCUACACGAAACACCGUUAGAUAUUGGAGAAUUAAUUUUUGUGGACGGAUGUUCUUUGCGAUUGGAAAAUGGAACACCCUCGACCAGCUAUGCAGUAGUGAAAGGUGGCCACCUGCUGGAAGCAAACCGAAUUUCAUCAAAUUUAAGCGCGCAGGCAGCUGAAUUGAUAGCUAUCACCCGAGCAUGUCAGUUGUCCGAAGGGAAAAUUAUAACAAUUUAUACGGAUUCCAGAUAUGCUUUUGGAGUCUGCCAUGAUCAUGGAGCCUUAUGGAAAUUAAGAGGAUUUAAGACCAGCGCUGGCAAACCGAUCCAACAUCAAAAACUGAUUGAAUCCCUCUUAGAAGCUAUAACUAAACCAUCAAAGUUAGCGAUCGUUAAAUGUCAAGCUCACAUAGGAAAACAAGAUCCUGUCAGCAAAGGAAACGAAUUAGCUGAUCACUUUGCUAAACAGGCUGCAUAUAAUAACACACCAAUUUCUUUAUUCCAACAGAGAAAUAACCAGGACCCUGAUAAUCAACUUGUUUCUUUACAGAGUGCAGCCACGGACAGAGAAAAAAGAAAAUGGUCCAAAGAAGGGUCCCUCUCUGAUGGAGUCUGGACCCAUAGGCAAAUUAACAAACCUUUCCUCCCAAAGGCUUCUUUCCCAGGUCUCCGAGCUUCUCUGAAAGAUGUCCACGAGCAGGUUAACCAGGCCUGGAGGACUAGUCUUCCAUCUAAAGACACGCCGAUUCCCUUAGGCACUUGGAUCCUCGUCCAUGACACUCGGAGGAAACAUUGGCAUCAGCCGAGGUGGAGAGGACCGUUCCAAGUUCUUCUGUCCACACCACAUGCAGUGAAAAUGGAAGGAUUGCCCGCCUGGAUUCACUCCUCACAUUGCAAGAGAUGGCACCCUUGAUUGCUGUGCUACUAUGCUUUCUUUUCCCUUGUCUACUGCCCUGGUCACCUUGACUUUCCCGUUAGGAAUCACCACAUCAGUGCAGGUUGAUUUCUGUUCUAUUAUCAACUGUGGGACUGGUCGACAAGAACAGUGGACCUGGUCUGACAAAUACGUGUGUAUGACUGUUUCGAAGUAUUAUUAGGGAAGUAACUGCGACACCUGGCAAUGGGUUUUUGCUAACACUGGAACUGAGGACUUGGGUUCUCAACCUUUUGAGGCCCAAAAAUACAGUUCGAAAAAUCGAUUUUCUAUCAUAAAAGAACAUGCUUCUCAUGAAUGUGUUGACAACCAUUGUAACCCCUUGAUUUUCACUUUGAAGAACCCCUCAUUACAUGACUCAGGAACCUAUAUAUUAGGGGCAUAUGUAUCUGGAACAGACCCUUUAGGGAGAUUUCAAAUUAAGAUUGACAAUCCUGUUACUAACACCUCUCAUUCUCCUGCGUUACUCCUGUGUCACCUAUAUUUUUGUUGGUUCAAAAAGGGGGGAAUGUAGAAGAAGAAUGUUCUCCUCAGCACCAUGUAUUUUGUGUGUUUAGUAAAUUAGAAUUUUUAUAACUAUUUUUCCAACUUGUCAGUGAGAGACGCUUUGGCUUAUGAACUAACAAAAAUAUGUUAUUCCAGGGUUCAGGAGAAAUAGUGUCCACAUGAAUAAAAUGUAAGCUGUUUCUUGUUUUCCCUUUCUCAGAGUGAAUGUUUCAGGGACAAGGUCACAAGGCUGCAGAAAAUACAUGUAGUUUAUGCAAAGGCAUCUCUCCUGUGCUCAGCUUCCAAAACACAGAUAAUGCUUAGCUCAACAGACAUAUUGUUUAACUUUACUGUUUUGAUAAGGAUGUUCUUUCUGUCUUAUUAAUCAUGAGAUGCUGAAGUAUAAAAAACCCCUCCUGGCUUUUGAUCAGGGUUCAAUUGAGCUUUGCGGCAAUAAGUUAUACUCUUUUGAAUCUCUACUUACUGCGACUCCGAAUGAAUAAAUAAAGU